ACGAGCAGCUUCCUUAGAGUCACAGCAGCAAUUGGAGGAGCCAAAACUUGUUCAGACACCAAGUUCAUCAAAUGCAAGUUGUUGUAGAGGUAAGAGUCACUGAGGAUAGGGUCAGGGAAGUUGUGGUUAAGUAAAGAGUAACUGAGGAUAGGAUCAGGGAAAUUGUGGUUGAGGUAAGAGUAACUGAGGAUAGGAUCAGGGAGGUUGUGGUUCAGGUAAGAGUCACUGAGGAUAGGAUCAGGGAGGUUGUGGUUGAGGUAAGAGUCACUGAGGAUAGGCUCAGGGAGGUUGAGGUUGAGGUAAGAGUCACUGAGGAUAGGCUCAGGUAGGUUGUGGUUGAGGUAAGAGUCACUGAGGAUAGGAUCAGGGAGGUUGUAGUAGAGGUAAGAGUUCCUGAGGAUAAGAUCAGAGAGGUUGUGGUUGAGGUAAGAGUCACUGAGGAUAGAAUCAGGGAGGUUGUAGUUGAAGUAAGAAUCACUGAGGAUAGAAUCAGGGAGGUUGUAGUUGAGGUAAGAGUACUUGAGGAUAGGAAUUUGUCAGUGUUUUCACAACUCCAUUAACUGUGUUUUUUGUCAGUAUCGCAGCAGCCAUUUCUCCAACUAUCAGGCCAUACAGAGAAACAGCCAUUUAUCAGAGGUAAACACUUCCACAAUCAUUGCUUCAAACCAUUUCCCCAAAUGCCACCCUAAUCCUUCACAGAGCAGUGCUUUUGACCAGGCCCACUGAAGAAUAGGGUGAAAUUUGGGAGGCCACCAUUAACUUUUUUUCCAGGAAAUGUGACAGUGAUUCCCUGGACUGUUGCCGUGCAACGGGGCGGGGCCGUCUCCAUGUCCUCCACUGGAGACAAAAUCAUUGUCCAACGAGGUGGCUUCUUCAUGUUGUUUGGCCAGGUGUUGUUCCAGAGCCCUGGUUCCAUCAUGGGUCAUAUCGUCCAUAGACGAGGAACAGCAGGCACCCCAGGCAGAGGAACCAGAAGGAUCCGGACAUUGACAGACCUCCUCCACUGCGUACAGCAGAUGCCCCCAGCUAACUCAGCCAACACCUGCUACACCUUAGGCAUUAUGAAGCUGGAGCAGCAAGACCAGCUGGAGCUGGUGAUUCCAGAUCGCCCCCUAGCCCGGGUCUCCAUGGAUGCCGACUCCACCUACUUUGGCAUCAUACAGCUGAACUGAAGAGGAGGUUAUACUUGUGUAUGGCUGUGUGGUAUUCUGGAGGGCUACAGCCUAGAUGCCAAAAUAAAGAUUGACAAAAGCUUUUAGGGGAGUACUUUCUUCCCCAAAAUCCUUUUAUUGAAUGUAUAUUAUGUAUUACAUUAUAGACAGUGGACGAAACAAGCUUCAGUCUACUAUUGUCUUCCACAGCCCAGUCACUGGUGAUGAUUUGAAGAGAAGUUGUUCCAACUGUAUCUGUGCUGAUAUCGUCUUCAUGUGGUUUCAGCAUCUCAGAGUUUCAUGCAUUUAAACUGAGGGUUUCAUGCAUGUAUAUUUCACUUAUGUUCACACUAUACUCCGUGUUCACACUAUACUCAGUGUUCACACUAUACUCCGUGUUCACACUAUACUCUGUGUUCACACUAUACUCCGUGUUCACACUAUACUCCGUGUACACACUAUACUCCGUGUUCACACUAUACUCUGUGUUCACACUAUACUCCGUGUUCACACUAUACUCCGUGUACACACUAUACUCCGUGUUCACACUAUACUCCGUGUUCACACUGAUACAUUGGCAGAACAGGUCCUUGGUAGUGAGGAGGAGGAUGUUGCAGACUCCAUGCAGGGCACAGGCUAGAUGUACAGUAUGGACUGAGAUGAUGAGGAAUGGCAGCAGAUGUAGCUUGGGGAAACCAAAGGCACCUGGUCAGAAUACAAGGUGUAGUUGGGAAUGGAGGGCAGCUUGAAGCAAAGUGGAGGAGUCAGUGUUUUCUAGACUGCGAGGGGGGGCACAGUCAUUUGAACAACACUUAACAUUUGUUAGGGAAGCAUCCAACAUGAUGAUGCACAUGUUGAUACAGUGUGGACACUGUGAGGGAGAGAGGGAGAUUUAGAAUAGGUUUGAAAGCAAACAGGAUUCAAGUAUAAAUUGUAUUUUGGGUUGGGUAGAUUCAGACACAGUGUCAAAAUAUUAGUUCUUAUUCCUUGGCGGAAAGGAUUUAGGUUAUCUCUGAAGCGGUCCCGGACUCCAAUACAGUAGGUGGCGGUAACGCACCAAUAUUGUCAUGCCAACCGCAGUAAAACCUGCUGAAGAAGGUAAGUGGGUAUCCACGUGCUUGCUUGUUUUUCUUUUACGAUUGGUACCUCUUCUAUCUAACUAGAACUUUUGUUUGGUGGCUAGCUUCGUAUGACCUAGCACAUGUAGUAAUUAGCCGUCUCCACAUCAGUGAUCGUGUGUUGUCCACGUCCUUAGUUGCGCAUCGUUGAAGGUGGAGACGGAACAUUAAUUUCUUCCUAGGCAGCUGCAGACGUCCUCAGUGCUUAAUAUGAGCCGGAUCCUGAAACCUCCCAGAUUGGGCUCAGUUGGUUCCACAACCCAUCUCGCGCAUUAUAUGUCUUUUUCCAUCACUUUGUGCGCUUUAGACUGGUAACAUUCUAACAAAGAAUGUGUUGACAUUGGUUUAACUAAACGUAUAGAAAUAUUGACCAAAUAAUUUUGUUGUUCACCCUAAUUAGGAAAAAAAUUUAUAAAGUGCUGGUGUCGAAAAAAAUACUUUACUCAGUAUAAUUUAGUAGUUACUUGAGAAGAAAAAAAUAUUUGAUAGAAUAAUGGACUAUCGAUGUCUUUUUAAAAUAGAAAUGCCGAUGACAGCUUGAAACUUGAAUACAAUGUUAACUCUUUCAGAUAUGUGUAUAUACCUAACAGGGUGUAAAUAUCUCGUUGUCUCUAGUGAGUAAUUUGCUUAUAUUAACAAGGAUUUAAGUGUCUGAGGUUAACCAAGGCAUUUUUCUGAAAGUCAGACAUUACUUUUUUGUGAUAGCAUAAGAAACAUUAAAAGUAUAUAUUUUUUAAAUAUGCAAAGGAUGAAAAGGAUUCAUUAAAUUGUAUCACCUAUUAUUGUUCUGGCCUUAACUUGUGUUCUAGAUUGCUAAACUGUAUUUUAUAUGUAUACUAUAAACAAAGUUCUAAUGUGUUUUGACAGGCUAAACCACACAAAGUGCUUUCUGGUCACCAAUAUGUUCACCUGAGUUUGAAAGCUCUCUGCUCAUCGACUUUAUUUAAGGAUGAUCAAAUGAAUGGUCACCAGCUGAUGGUAGAAAAAAUGUGUACUGAACUUUCUUUACAUUAAAGAACAAAUCAUGACAGAGGUAUGGAUGAAGAAGAAAGAGAGCAAGAAACUUAAAAAUCAAAAGAAGAAAGAGAAGAACCUGGAUAGCUGGAAAGCAACAAAAAAACGAGAGCCAGAAGAGACCACGAUGAGUAAGAACCAGCCCAAGAACACACAAACAGAACUUAGAAACGGAGGAGGAAACUGCCUGACCGUUUUAAGAUUAGCAGAUGAUCCUGAAAUCAUAGAUCUACGCUCUCAACACGUGGUAACAGAGGAAGAGAAGCAUACAAAAGAGAACAGGAAACGGGAGGACGAAAAACUCAGAUUGAUUCAUCUAAACAUUUGUCCAGAUGAAAUUGAGCUUCGAGGUAUUGUAGAAAAUACUGAGAGAAUAUUUAAAUCAAAAAGACAGGAAGCAAAAUUGGAUGAGGGGUCUGCAGCAGUGGGAGACCACAGGAGUGUAAAGAAAAACCGCUGCAGAGAGUCAGACAUAAGAGUGGACCUCGCCCCUUCCAUUUCUGUCAUAGAUAUAACAUCUUCCGGUGACACUAGGACUUUUGAGGCUGGAGCAAUUGGAGUAACAGAUGGCUCCCAUCCAGUCAUGAUUAAGACAAAGAUUCAACAUUGUAGGACCAGCCCAAAGGAGACUGGAACCAAACACGGAACCAGCCCAAAGGAGACUGGGACCAAACACAGAACCAGCCCAAAGGAGACUGGGACCAAACACAGAACCAGUCCAAAGGAGACUGGGACCAAACACGGACCCAGCCCAAAGGAGACUGGGACCAAACACGGACCCAGCCCAAAGGAGACUGGGACCAAACACGGACCCAGCCCAAAGGAGACUGGGACCAAACACGGAACCAGCCCAAAGGAGACUGGGACCAAACACAGAACCAGCCCAAAGGAGACUAGGACCAAACACAGAACCAGUUCAAAGGAGACUGGGACCAAACACAGACCCAGCCCAAAGGAGACUGGGACCAAACACAGACCCAGCCCAAAGGAGACUGGGACCAAACGCAGAGCCUGUCAGACGAGUGUUAAACCUCUAAGUGAGAAAGAAUUUAGGUAUUUUACUGAGCUGAAAGAGUUAGUUCCUGAUAUUGAGUCUAGGAGUGUUCGCGCCAUCCGCUGUAUGAUAAAGAAUGAUCUUGAUCGAUUCAAGGAAUUCAGAAGAAAAGGCAUUCCCCUGCGAACCGGACGAUUCAGUGCCCAGGAGAACAAACAGCUCAGCAGAAACAUUGACAACUUCCUAGCUCUCACUGGGAUUGACAGCGCCACAAAGCUCUUCCAUACAAAGCGCUUCAAAGAUGAUUUCAAAACUAUCCAGAAGUUGAAGCAUCUGCAUGAAUUCCCUAAAAUAAUCGCUGACGGCCUUGCAAGGCCUUGGUGUAACAUCUAUUUUCGUGGUGGGAGGAAAAUGUUUGAUGCCAGCAACUACCUGGGCAGACGAUGGUUUAACGAAGAUGACCUUAAGGCUUUGAAAAAACUGCAGAAUGUUUACGGAAACAACUGGGUGAAGAUAUCCGAGUUAACUGGGCGAAGUGAAACGCCCCUUAGGAAACGUUUUUCUCAGAUGUAUGCCAGCCUUGGUGCCUGGAGUGAGCCAGAAAUGAAGAGACUAUUGGACGCUGUACGGAACCACCUGGAAGUUGAGGCAGAGCCUGGCGGUGGACCAGUACUCAUCAGGAAAAACAAGAUGUACAUGCACAUCCCCUGGACAGAGGUGGCCCGCAGCGUGAAGACACGCCACCGGGACCAGUGUAGAAAUAAAUGGAUGGGUUAUCUAAACCGUAAAAUGGCAAAUACACAAUCAGUCUACAACAGUGCAAAAUCGUUUCAGCUUAAAGUGAAUUUGAUUAAAGCGUUGAACACAUUACAGGUUGAAGAUACUGCAGAAAUUGACUGGGAAGUCAUUGCUAACACAGUUGGGGAUGUUACUCCUUCAUGUGCACAGAACCACUAUCACAAACUACGAUUGUCCAAAGUUCCUUUUUGGCAGAGCAUGUCCUUCUGUGAGAUCAUUGAUUACCUGUAUAAUACAGUUCUUCCCCAGUUUGAAGAAGUCCUACAACAAGUUAAUUUGGAAUUUGGGGAGAGUGCGCCUGGAGGCCACCCACGAGAGUUCUUCCUGCUCUCAGAGAUUUUUGAUAAUGAUGACAGAUGAUUUCUGCAAGAUUUAUUGACAGUAAGCUGAUAAUCAAAGCCCAGGUGGUACAAGAGGGCUCAGUGACCUGCAGUUCACAAUAUACUGUAGGAUUCAGCUUGUUGGUUGUAGCACAAAAUAACUUUUAUUGAAUGUAGAGGAUACCUAGCUGUUGAAAUGUUCAAUAUUGAAUGUUGUUUUAUAUUGAGUUUGCUGAAUCUUUAAUGGAAUAAAGGAUUUAUUUUA